UUGCAUUUUUAGAGAAUUGCUCAACACACAUAUAUUGACCAUUGGACUGCGAAGAUAGGGUGCAAUUGGGCAACAAGGAUCAGGGAAGAGAACCAACAAGAUACUAGUCAUCUGAGAGCACGCAGAGUAAGGGGAAGGAAGAAGAGCUAAGGAGCAUUUGAAGUACAAAGCAUCAAUGGCUAGUAGUUCAGAUGAGAGGUAUGUUUGGCCUUGGACAGGCAUUGUUGCCAACAUAUUUGGGAAGCCAAAGCAUGAACCAGUGGAGUGUGAUAGCAUGUAUUGGCUGAGAAAGUUUGAACAAUACAAACCCGAAGAGGCUUAUGUUUUGCAUUGUGCAGAAGAUCCAACAGGGUACGUUGUGCUGGAAUUUGGUACAGAAUGGACUGGGUUCUCGCAAAUGAUGAAGUUAGAUACAGAUUUUCUUGUUGAUCAUCAUGGAAAAAAGGAUUAUUAUGAGUCAAGGAAAAUGGGUUAUUCGUCAGGCUUAUUUGGUUGGUGUGCACAGGCAGAAGAUUACAACUCAGAAGGGCUUGUUGGAAAUUUUCUCCGUCAGAAAGCUGAGCUGAAAACAACCUCUAUGGUUGCACAAGAGUCAUUGAAUGAAAAAACUGAAACUCUGGAUCAUUUGUAUGGGGAAAUAGGCUCUGUAAACAAAAAGAUUAGUGAGAUGGAAUCGAAGUACAUUGAGGACUACAUGUCAUUGGAUAAAAUGAUGAAAGAGAUUGAGAAGAAGAGAGACUUGCUUCACCAGACUCGUGCUGAAGAUGAUCAUGUAAAUUGUGCUCCAGUGUUGAAGUCGAUCGUAAUGCGUGGACGUGAAAUUACUUAUAAAGCCAUGGAAAAAAAUAAAAAAAUUGCAACAAGAGAUAGAUACAAUGAAUGAUGAACUCGAUCGCUGGUGUCAACAACUGAUUGAACAAGAAAAGUCAACUAUACAACAAAGGAGAAAAUUUGAGGAAGAAAAGAAAAGCCAAAUGGAAUCACUAAUUUUAGCAACAGAGAAGCAGAUGAAGGCCAGAAGUGAUGUUCUCAGUUUGCUUGAAAAGCAUCAGAUGGAGAAAAAAGCUGUCAGUGAUGCACUGUUGAAGCUUGAAAAAGAGAUGGGAAAUGAACAAAAGUUGAAUUUAGAAAUUGCUGAACUAGAGGAACAACUCAAGGUUUUGAAGUGUGUGAACUUGGAGGAAGCUGAUCAUGAGAAUAAAAGAAAGAUAGAAAUAGAAGAGAUAGAAGAAAAAUUGGAGGACAUGAUUUUUGAUAUGUCCGUAAAAGAUGAUGAAAAUCAAGCUUUGAAGAAGAAGGUACAAGAAGCUAAAAUCGAGCUAGAAGAUGCUAGGCAACAAAUUAUUAAGGAAUUACCACAGUUCUUGAAAGGGGUUACUAAGAUUCAAAUAAAAAAAAUUGGGGAGGUCAGUGCUAGGUCAUUUAAAAAAGUGUGCAUGAAUAGGUAUAAAAAUAACAAAAAAGCAUCAUCGGAGUCUGUCAAACUGUGCGCAAAGUGGCAAAAAGAAAUUCUGGAUUCAACAUGGCACCCUUUUAAGAUUGUUGAUGUCGAAGGGAAGGAAAUACAGGAAGAAAUUGAUGAAAAUGAUCCUAAAUUAUUAUCUUUAAAAAAUGAUUUGGGAGAGGAGGCAUACGUUGCUGUGGUGACAGCUCUAAAGGAAUUGCAUGAGUAUCAUAAUUCUGAUGAUGCUGAGAACACCCAUAAUUCAAGUGAGAAACAAGUGAUACCUGAGAUAUGGGACUCCGAAAAUGGACGUAGAGCCACCGUAACUGAAGCUUUGAAGUACAUAAGCAAUAGGGUUAUCAAGAUGCGGUGACGAUGAAUGGAAAUCCCAUAUUUAAGUUAUUCCCUUUAUGUAACCUACUUUUGGGACACAAUACUCAGCACUUGUAAUGCUAUAUAGUUUUAUAGGUGCUAGUAAUCUUGUGGUUAGAUUAUAUACUAUUUUUGCUAUGACAGGUUAAAGAGAGAAUAACUACUUUCAUUGUUAUUAAUUUGUCUUUAAUUAUACUAGUUUGCA